AUGAUUCAGUCCGUCGCUGCCUCCAGCUGGCAGCGUCGCCCAGCGAGUUCGCUCAGCUGGCAGCUCCGCCUUUGGCUCGGUCCUCGGCCGCUUGCCUCCGUCCGCGCGUGUUCCCUCGCCUCUGCCGCAAGCAUAAGAAGGGGAAGUUGGGCGACGGUGAGCAGCUUCUCCGGGACAGAGACCGGGUCCCUCUCGGCGGGAGACAGGCGCCCUCCCGCGCAGCCCGCCCGGCCCAGCAAGCACGUUCUGCUUCCCACCGGGGUUCCUUCGGAAGCCACUCCGCGCCUCACCUGGCACCCCCCAUCCCGGCUCGGGGUCGCGAUGGAGCCCACGGCCGCCGCCACCACGCUCACGGGGCGCUCGGGGCUCCUGUUCCUGCUGUUUCUCCUGCGGCUGCCGCGCGGCAUCACGGCGGCGCCGGCCGGGUUGGUCGUGGGCGCGACGCGCGGCGGAGCAGGGACAGAUGCUCUCUCGCUUUCCUACAAUUUCUCCAUCACAUCUCAGGCCAGGCCUGGACAACCGUGGUGUGAGAUUCAAGGCCGGGUCAGUGGAAACGAGUAUCUUUACUAUGCCUGUGGGAGCAAGCGGGUCAUACCCAUCGGUCCUUGGGGGAUGAAGCUGGAGGACACAGCAUUCUGGGACACACAGAUGGAACCUCUGGAGGACCUGGGGGAAGAGCUCAGAAAGAAACUGCUGGACAUCAAAGCAGAGAUUUUCACUGAGAGCGAUUCUCUCACCCUGCAGGUCAGCCUGAUGUGUGAGCCUGGGGCCCACGGACACAGCAGAGGAUCCUGGCGGUUUGUCUUCACUGAACAGUUAACCUGCCUCUUUGACCCGGAGAACAGAAAGUGGAUAGAGAUUCCUCCUGGAGACCAACAGGUUAAGGACAUGUUGGACGGUGACAGAGAGUUGACUGAGCUCCUCAUGAAGAUCGCAAACGGAGACUGUAAGAGAUGGCUCCAGAAACUGCGGGAGCACAGCAAUGAGAUGCAGGAGACCACAGGAGCACCGGCCACAACCCCGCCUGUAGCUCUGGUCAAAGACGCCGCCAUCAGGCCGAUCACUUCUGUCCUCCUUGUGGUCCUCACGCACUUAAUCCUCCUUGUUGUCCAAGGCAUAAUCCUUUGAGUAACAGCUACAGGAACAAGCUCCUCUUCCUCUUUUAGAGGCUGAAGUUGCUACAGAAGGCCUGAGGAUCUCUCUCCUGCACUCGUUCUCCCUUCUAAUGAGUGGCUUCUACCUGCUGUCCAUGUCCACCGAUGGGACCUUCGAUCUCUGUGGCGAAGGCAGAAUCCUCCAGUCCUCCAGGAGAUAGUGAUUAUGGUGGAGUAUUUCCCUGCCUUUGUUCUCCGUCUUGAUGAUCCACCUCUGCAUUUUUUCGUAACAUGGAUGCUCUGGUGCCAACUGUUGGGAUUCCUGUACUUGGCCUUCUAACUGCCUGAACAAGAAUUCUGAACAAAGAGAAUAUUUCCCAAGUUCUCCUUCAGUGUUGGAAAUCAGACACUCGUCAAUAUCAUGAGCUGCUCAUUGCUAAAAGAAUACUCUGUGAAAGUGGAGAAUCUCAGGGCUUCUUUCUUCUGACACUCAGAUCUGUUGAGUAGAACAAGGUUGUAUUUAUGAUAGUUUCCUUUAGAAAUUUAUCCUUUAAAUAGGUAUUUAAAUAAAAUAUUAAAGGUUACAUUAUUUCAGAAGUUUACAUUAUGACGCAGUGGAUAGAAAUGGCAUUCAAUCUCUCUGAAACCACCUCUCAAAUAGUCAUCUGUCAGUAUCAGACAUGAUCCUGACACUCUGGAUGCAGAAGAAAUUCUGGAAAUGAAGCAAUGAGAUUAGAAUUUCCCCAGACCAGACAUCUCCAGUAGUGACUCUCUUUUGAUUCCUCCCCUCUGACUCACCUCCUUCAAGGCACAGUGAGUCUUCAAGAAGGAAACAGAUCUGCUUCUAAAAGUUGAGAUGCCCUUCAACAGAGGAGUGGAUAAUGAAGAUGUGGUCCAUAUACAUAAGGGAA